UCGGCAACGCUGUUCGAGUGUUGUUAUAAAACCAAAAUUGCAAAUUGUUUUAAAGAAUUGUCAAUUAAUUUAAUUAUCAGCAUUUAAAAUGUCGGUGCCAUUUAGCGGCACACUUCGCCGUUCGGGCGGCAUUGUAUCGGCCAUUGGAAAACAGCUAAAGAACGUUAAUCUGAAAGGUGUCAAACGCAUCACAGUGCAGUUUGAUCCGUUUGCGGAAAAUGUAAAAUCCACACGCGAAUUUCUUUUUCUGCUCUCCACGCCCAAGGUUUCCCUAUCAAAUCCCAAGUGCGUUGUCAAACCGGAAGUUGUUUGCGAUCGAUCGCCAGCGUUUAUAAAAUUUUCCCUUAUCGAUUCAGCGCAAGAGCAAGCCAAAGUCAAGGAGAUUCGCUUCAAUAGUGAGAAUCUAAAUACCCUGGAACUACUGCAGCUGUGCAAUCAACACGUGUCCACAUUAGCCCCACCUGAGGAAAUCACCAAUAAGGUGCUAACCAAGGCCGAGAAACAGAAACUGGGUGGCGGUGCUGCUGGUGGCAAGAAGGCGAUCAAAAAGAAGUAAUUCCAUACCCCGCAAAGAUGGUGAAG